AUGAGCUCCGGGGUCGCCCUGCGGCUGCGGACACUCCAGCGACACCUAGGCUCCCUGGAGGUGUGGACACAAGGCAGCUUCCCUGUCCUUCUCGUGGCCCAGGGCAGAGGUAUGGAGCCGGGCAGCAGCCCGCUGACCACCCACGUAUUGGACACUGCCUCAGGGCUUCCGGCCGAGGGCCUCUGCCUCCGUGUGUCCAGGCUCGAGGACCAUGGCCAGCAGUGGACCGAGCUGAGGAAAAGCUACACGGACCCUGACGGCCGCUGCCCUGGGCUCCUGCUGCCAGGCCAGAUGAAGGCGGGCACCUACAAGCUGUCCUUCGACACUGAGGGCUACUGGCAGAAGAGGGGCCAGGAGACCUUCUACCCGUACGUGGAGGUCGUUUUCACCAUCACAAACGAGACCCACAAGUUCCACGUGCCGCUGCUGCUGAGCCCGUGGUCUUAUACCACGUACCGAGGGAGCUAG